AGCRGCCUCUAUCCGAAUUAGGCAGCAGUGGUGGGCAAGAGUUCCGAAUCUACACAGACACAAAGUUUUAGACUCCAUUAACUGGUCUUAUGUGUUUCUACAACAUAAAAGCCUCAUGUGAAUCAAACAUGUGGUGUAUAUUAUUCUACUAUUGGAUCUUUAAUCUCUUUUCGCUAUUGUGCAUGUUACAGCAAUGUUAUUACCAUUGAAGUCCACGGUACAUUAAGAUUGGAACAACUCUAAAGGAAAAAGGCAUUGGUAUUUUCCUAAAUUGUUUUACUUUAAGAAUAUCCCUCAAAUGUCAAAGUUAUCAUUCAGAUUAUGGUCGACAAAGACAAAUUACGUCGAGAAAUAGGGUCUCGUGCUCUGUGAUCAAUGUACCUCACGCUCCAAUACGAGGGGAUAUAGCCAGCCUACCGUUCUCCAUUUUUUUUAAGACAAGGAAAAACGAAAAAAUGAUAGGUGGUGAAUCCGUCUUAAUGAUUGCUCAUACAAUAGAAAUCCUAUACAUAAAUAGCAUUAAAAUGUCUGAGGUACAUCACAGUCCUAGGAGUGCAUGCGCAUUAAUCGACUGUAUAAUUUUGGGGUAAAUAUAAUCACGUGUUCAGCGGUGGCCAAUGAGAGUCGAAGAACCCCAGAAUAAAUAAUUACCUGGCUUGAUUGUUCUACGGGUAAGAUUUGUUUUAAAGUACACAUACAGUCCAUAUAAUAAUCGGAUGCAUGUUAAAGAGACGAGAGGCAUCGUCAUGUCGACCACGGGUCCCAUAAACAAUUAUUAUGUGGAUUCUUUGAUAAACCAUGAGAGCGAGGAUGUGCUGACAUCGCGGUUCUCMGCCCCAGAGCUUCUCCCCACCGGUUCUCGACCGACGACACUAGCACCAGAGUGCUCCGAAUAUCCCUCCUGCAGUUUUGCGCCGAAACCUUCUGUCUUUACCUCCUCCUGGGGCCCAGUUCACCCCCAGUCUUCAGUGGUAUACCACCCAUACACCCACCAACCUCACAUUGGAACGGACUCGAGGUAUGUUCGCUCAUGGCUAGAGCCCAUAUCUGGAACAAUAUCCUUCCCAGGCUACCCUGCGAACGGCAGACACUACGGACUCAAAACAGAUGGUUUUCCUCAGCCCGKUGCUGGAGACUCCAUCGCCUUUAACCGCCACGGAUACCCGGAUUAUUUCUACAACACCUCCGUGGACAUCCGAGACAAGACACAGCAGAUCAUCCCUUCUCCAGAGUCGGAGGUUUUGGCUUCCGGAAAGCACAAAGACGGCAAGCCAGAAUUCGACCCAAGCAACCCGGUGGCGAAUUGGAUACACGCUCGUUCAACAAGGAAGAAACGGUGUCCAUAUACAAAAUAUCAGACUCUCGAACUCGAAAAGGAGUUUUUGUUCAAUAUGUACCUUACCAGGGACCGUCGAUAUGAGGUCGCUCUGGUUCUUAAUUUGACCGAGAGACAGGUCAAAAUUUGGUUCCAGAAUCGGCGGAUGAAGAUGAAGAAAAUGAAUAAAGAGAAGACAGAAACCAAUGAGCAGUAACGUGCCCUAUGGACACAUUGACUCGUAAACAUUCAGAAAAAUGCCCCUCAUGGACUGUGGGCGAUGGUCUCUCCUCUUGAUAGAUACUAUUUUCCUUUUUUAUCUGAUAUAAUUAAGCCAUAUGCCUAUUAUUGGCAAAGUAGCACAACGCAAUUUAGGCCCACGUCUCAAUAUGAAUGUAUGCAGCUUGUUUAGCCUAUUUAUUAGUUAUUAGGCCUACUGUUUCAUGUCAAGACCCACGAAUGGGAUAUUGGUAAAGAAAGGUAGCCUGUAAGGUGAAGUUGGAUAACUAUGCGUGAAUGGUGUUUCAUCUGUUCACGUGUAUAACAAAACCUGGGUAUUUUUGUACAUGUUGCAUCUUAUUCAAGUGUAAAUUAGUGUUUUGUACACGAAAAUGCAUCAAGGUACAUGGAACGUUUGUCUGUGUUUACGUCUGUGAAUAUAUAUUUAGUUGUAGCCUGUAUGUUUUUAAAUAUGUGUUUCUCUCGACACUUGGACUUUAUACUGUAUACUGUAGAUUUUGGUCAUCUUUAAAUAUAACCCAAAUAAUCAMAUUUUCUGUAUUUGUUAUGUCAUUCUUAUUAAAACGUUUAAAAAACUCUUA